AUUAUCAAAACUUUAAAAAAUGCAAAAUCAAAUUACAAAAAAUCAAUCUAUUUAAUCGAUUUAAUUCGAUUAUAUGGUUUGAAAUAACUUUUACCCGAACAAUGUACACCCUAAAAAAUUAUUUUCCUAUUUGCAUAUCAAACACGCACAAAAAUCAAACUACACAAAGUGAUGCUGCAGCAGAUGCAGAAAAAAGUAAGUAAAAAUUAAAAAUAAAAAAGGAUGAGACGGCAUCACCGGCGGCGAUCAUCGACGCCGUCAAUAGACUUCGGAGUAGACGAUGAUGACGAUGAAGAAGAAACAUCAUCAGACGCUCGAAUGAAAUGCGUUUCAUGUAAGGAGGAUUACAGCUCACGUGACGCCGGGACGUGCCGGGAGUGUUACGAAGAAGCUAGCGAGACUGAAGAAGAGCUUAAACGUGAGAUCGAAGACCUUAAAGCUAAAGUUAACUUCCUCCGUUUCUGGGCUCCAUCUGACCCUCUCCAUCAUCUCCAUCAACAACAACGCACUGCGCCUUUCUUCUCCGACGUCGUUUUGGUUGCUUCUCAUGAUGAAUCUGGCAACUCUACCCCUCACCCUGUUCCUGUUCCUGCAAAUCGCGCUGUUCUGGCCAGUCGGUCCCCGGUGUUUAGAGCUAUGCUUGAAAAUGAGAUGGAAGAAAGCCUCAGCGGCACAAUUAAAAUCAGUGAUGUGUCAUAUGAUGCACUUCGUGCCUUUGUGACCUAUUUAUACACUGCUGAUGCGUGCCUGGAUGAGCUUAUGGCUUGUGACCUUCUGGUUUUGGCAGAAAAAUACCAAGUGAAGCAUUUGAAGACAUAUUGUGAGAAGUUUCUAAUUUCUAAAUUAAACUGGGAGAACUCACUUCCUAACUAUGCAUUUGCUCACCAGCACAAUGCAAAGAAGUUGAUUGAUGCAGCCCUGUCAUUGAUCAUGGAAAACAUGGACAAGCUGAGCAAGCGAGAAGAAUACAAAGAACUCGUGGAUAAGGAUCCCAGGCUAGUUGUAGAAAUCUAUGAAGCUUACCUUUCCAGACAGGUUAACACUGCUGUGCAUAAAGAUUCCGUUGCUAAAGCAUAGCCAAUGGUUAUAUUAUCUUCAGUAGUAGAAGGAUUUUCUAAAUAUAGUGGUUAAGAUUACAAUCCCCAAAUGAUGAAUGUUAACAGAACCGUUUGAUUUGAAUAAUCAUAAGAGUUAGACGUGUUCCGGCGUUGCUACUAUCACAAAGCUGAUAUUCCGUAGGGAACAUUUAAGUUUGGUUAAUGCUUGCACAUAUGACGAAGUUUAACUUCAUUUC